AUGCCUUUAGGGACGUUGUCUUUGGAAGCGAACUCUAUCCAUCGCUUUGCAAUCGAUACGAAGCUGUGCUUCACCUACCGUGUCGCCGCAUCUCGAGUUCGCCAUCUCGUCCCGAGCGUGCUAGAACUCGAGGAUGAGCCGCUCAUGUCAACCUCAGUUCUCGAUUAUGGAAUGAGUCCCGUGGGUUCAUACAAGGAGUUCGUCCAUCAAGUCGAGGUGACGUACAAGAACGAAAGGUUCAUGUACAGUCUCAUCUUGAUUCUAGAGAACGAAGCAGCCAUGUUUGCUGGACGCGAACAGUACGGCUUUCCCAAAGUCUUUGCCAACGCACAGAGGCCAGCAGGGCGGACGGUCUUUGAAUGCGAAUUCAUACCCGACAGUCGAAUUCCCAGUUUGCCAACUUCAGAAAAAUGGACCCUAAAUCUUCGCAGUAUCCCACAGCCGUGUGCAGGAACAUCGCCUGCCAUCCAAGAGCUAAUUCUUUCAACGAUGGACUGGAAGUUCACCGAGAUCUGGGCUGGCCAUGGCGAGAUUACAUUUCCACGACGCUCUGCGCUUGAUCCUUGGUGUGGAGUGGAUAUUCUACGAUACGAAGGAAGCUUCUUUGCACGAUGUGUGACGGGUGAGCUUCGAUGUCGCGGUGAGAGUUUCCAGGUUUAGAAAGCCGGGGUUUCCUCUAUAGUGGGAGUCAAUCGAAGCAAUUCAUACACUACUCAGGUAGACAUCAAUCUGCGAACAUCAAGAUCUCGUAAAGACCCCCUCUCGGAGCACCAGCAUCAGUCGU